AUGUCGUUCGGUUACUCCGUAGGCAAUUUCAUUGCGGGAUAUAAUCUCACUUAUGAUCUUAUCAAGAUCCUAUCAGAUUCACGUAGAGCAUCCAUGGAGUAUCAAGAAGCGGUGGUUGAGCUCAGUGAUAUGGAACAGGCAUUUCUCAAAGCCGGUCAUCUCGUAAGCAGCAAGGCAUUAUCCAAAUACAUUAACUACGGAAUCGCUUGUAUUGUUCUCUCGUCUGUAGAUAUUAUAGAGAAUUUUCACGAGCGUAGCAGAAAAUACCAGCGGGAACUCAGUCAGGGCAAAGGUGGCAUUGUGAGGACUUGGCGCCAUUUUGGUUGGACACCGGUCAAGAAGGAAGAGUUGCGAACGUUGAAGAACCAGCUGCAGGAACGUUUGAUAUCAGUCAACACACUGAUGACAAUCGCUUCGUACCGUUUCAACAUGCCGGCAUCUGUAGCACAGUACGAGGAUAACUCUAGCGACAUAGGCAGUGAUGAUAUUACGCAAAAUAGCCUUCCUCACGCGCGCUCUAUGAAGUCCCGCAAUGAUUCAUCCACAUCGUCUGAGACCACCAUCGUGGACACCACAGAUUUUGGACUGAAGUCGCGCUCGAAGUCUCCAAGGUUUUUCGAGCAGUCGGAUAUGAUUAUCACAUCAGAGUUUGCGUUGCAAAACUCGGAAUCGAUGCAUCAGAUUAAGAGUGCUGUGGCCAGCACCGGACGUCCACCCGCGCAGCAGCUGCCCGCGUCGUCGGUUUAUUUGCCUGCGGAUCUUGAAACAGAACACCAGAAAUUAUACAUCAGUGAUGUCGAAUUGAAUGCAAUUUCUGCCACUUCAAACGGGAUGGGUGAUAUCGAUACCGUUUACCCUGUUGUGGCCAGCGAAAGAAAACUACCACUACCAUUGACCACAAGGCAAGAAGACCCGAGGGGGCUUAUCGAAGAGAUGUUGUUGAAGACAGAGCAAGGUUUACGCGCCAAGAUUCCAGUAGAGACUGCAGCGGUAGCUGCUGCGGAAGAGAAAGCAGCAUAA